AUCCUAGAACUCAUCAACAAGAUGAUGGAGCUGCUGACUGAAGAGGUGACCCUGCUGGGACAUUAUACAGUAAUGGAGGGGUCUGGUGAUGACUGGAGAGGUUCCUAUAAGGUGUCAGGACGUGGCGGUCUAUUUCUCCAUGGAGGAGUGGGAGUAUGUAGAAGGACACAAGGAUCAGUACAAGGAUCAGGUCAUGAUGGAGGAUCAGCAGCCCCUCACAUCACCAGUCAGAUCCAGUAAGAGAACAGCACCAGAGAGGUGUCCACAUCCUCUUCUUCCACAGGAUGAUCAGGGAGAAGGUCCAAACAAUAUUAAUGCUCCAGAGACAGAUGUGAGCUGUGAUGAGAAGUAUAAGGAGGACAUUCCUAUAGGGAAAGAGUUCAUCUAUAUUAAUGCUACAGACAUAAGGAAAGAAGAAGAGACAGAUUUGAGCAGUGAUGAGCAGUAUAAGGAGAACAUUCAAACAGAGAAAGAUCUGAUCUAUAUUAAUGCUACAGACAUAAGGAAAGAAGAAGAGACAGAUGUGAGCGGUAAUGAGCAGUAUAAGGAGAACAUUCAAACAGAGAAAGAUCUGAUCUAUAUUAAUGCUACAGACAUAAAGGAAGAAGAAGAGACAUAUGUGAGCGGUGAUCAGCAGUAUAAAAAGGACAUUCCUACAGGAGUAGAUCUGAUCUAUAUUAAUACUACAGACAUAAAAGGAGAGACAGAUGUGAGUGGCGAUGAGCAGUAUAAGGAGGACAUUCCUACAGGUAACCGCCUAGAUUCUUGUACCAGGAGAUCAGAGGAGAAUCUUCUAUCUUCAGAUUAUAAAGCAGAUGAUGAUAUCACACAAGAUACAUAUGAAGAACAUUCCAUUAUCCCAGAUACACCCUCAGCCCUUCACAGCCAAGAUCUGUCAUCUCAUCCUUAUAUACAGGUCCUGUCUUCUCAGUCAUCACAGGAUGUUCAGCAAAAUAAAAGUCACAGAAGGGGUGUUGGACAUCAACAAGCUCUUACAGUAUAUAAACCAUAUUCAUGCUCAGAAUGUUGGAAAUGUUAUACUUCUAAAUUCGAUCUCAUUGUACAUCAAAGAACUCACACAGGAGAGAAGCCAUUUUCAUGCUCAGAAUGUGGGAAAUGUUUUACUUCUAAUUCAGGUCUUGUUCAGCAUCAAAUAACUCACACAGGAGAGAAGCUGUUUUCAUGUUCAGAAUGUGGGAAAUGUUUUACUAUUAAAUCAAGUCUUGUUAGACAUCAAAUAACUCACACAGGAGAGAAGCCAUUUUCAUGUUCAGAAUGUGGGAAAUGUUUUGCUCUUAAGCCAACUCUUUAUAAACAUCAAAUAACUCACACAGGAAAGAAGCCAUUUUCAUGUUCAGAAUGUGGUAAAUGUUAUACUGAGAAAGCAACUCUUGUUUACCAUCAAAGAACUCACACAGGGGAGAAGCCAUUCUCAUGUACAGACUGUGGAAAAUGUUUUGCUAAGAAAUCAAUUCUUCGUGAACAUAAACGAACUCACACAGGGGAGAAGCCAUUUCCAUGUGCAGAAUGUGGGAAAUGUUUUACUCAACAAUCAAGUCUUGUUAAUCAUAAAAGAACUCACACAUGAGAGAAGCCAAUUCAGAGCAGUAAAUGAUGCAGACAACACAUCUAUAUAUUAUCCAUGUACAUAGGAUAUCUGACAUUUAUACAUAUAUCAUAUACUGCAUCU